CGUGACUCACCCCAGGCCAUUUAGCCUGGAAGAGCAGCGCUAGGUUUCCCAACCUGCAGGCUAGUCUUCAGUCCCCAACCUAAUGGAAACUUGUGGGAUAAAAGACAAAUGCCCUUACCUAUAUGGGGGCCUAGGGCUGGGGGUGCUUCUGUUCCUCGUCAUGGUCAUUCUGUCCGUCUGCCUGUGUCGGCUCCGUGGGAGAGUGAGGAGGCUGGAGAGGAGCUGGGCCCAGCUCUCGCAACAGGAGCUCCACUAUGCGUCCCUGCUGAGGCUGCCUGAACGGGAGGGACCUGACCUCGGCAACCAAGAAAGGGAAGGCAGCAAGGAGGACCCCAGCACAGACUACGCCUGCAUUGCCAAGAACAAACCCGUCUGAGCACCCCCAGAUGCCUCGUCCAACCCAGGCGGGUGGUCAGGGCCAUGCGGUAAA